GUGUAAUAGUUAUGUUGCUCCUUAAUACAUCGUCUUAAAGGCUAUUUUGCAAUAGCUUGAGAAUUAGUGAUCAUUGUUGAAUUCGAUUCUUGUCGAUAAAAUAAGUGUAAAUUCGGAGACCGGACACGACGGUACCGGCAUUCGGAGCAAUUAUUUAAUACAAUAAAAUUCAACACCGUUUCCUCUAUUUGCUUUGGAUGUGUUAAAUAUAGCUAUUAUAGCUUCUCAAAUUUUGAUAUAAAAACAAAAGUGAAGUUUGUCCAAGAAUUGUAAUUUUCACACAAAAAUACAUAAAUCCUGCACAAAAUGCAAGUUUGUAACAGCGGAGACCUAAAAUUAGAUGCUGCAGUGGAAGGAUGGCUAAAAAUAGAUAAGAACCCAGAAACGCGGAAGGAGGUCCUCGACGACAUAGCCAACUCGCGAUGGGAGAAGCUGCGCGGGAGCAUGCUAAAGCGGCAGAAGUUCGGCACGGCGGGGCUGCGCGGCCCCAUGGCCGCCGGGUACAUCGGCAUGAACGACGUCGUCGUGCUGCAGACCGCGCAGGGCCUGUGCUCUUACAUCCAGAAGGAAUGCCACCAGAGUCAGCUGCACAAUGGCAUCGUCAUCGGAUACGACGGCCGAUACAAUAGCAAACGGUUCGCCGAAUUAACUGCCCGCGUGUUCGUGUCCGCGUCAAUACCCGUGCACCUCUUCUCGGCCGUGUGUCCCACGCCGCUGGUGUCGUUCGCCACCAUCCUGUACGGCGUGGCCGGCGGCGUCAUGAUCACCGCCUCGCACAACCCCAAGGAGGACAACGGGUACAAGGUAUACUGGGGCAAUGGAUCACAAAUCACAGCUCCCCAUGACCAACAUAUAUUGGAUGAAAUAUUGCAAUACUUGCAUAUACCGGAUUCUCACUGGGUGACAGACGGCGUGCGUAGCCACGAGCUCGUGUCGGACUGCCUAUCGGAGGUGACUUCGCGCUACAUGCAGUACAUUGCGGACAGCGUGGGCCCGGAGCAGCGCGCCACCAACGCGCGCGCCGCAGUGGACACCGUGUAUAGCGCCAUGCACGGCGUUGGAUACGAUUAUGUGGUGAAGGCUUUCGAGUCGGCCAGUCUGAAGCCGCCCAUCAGUGUGCCCGAGCAGCAAGAGCCCAACCCGGACUUCCCGACCGUGGCGUUCCCCAACCCCGAGGAGCCCGAGUGUCUGGAGCUCAGCAAGCGGCUGGCGGAGCAGACGCGGGCCAGGCUGGUCCUGGUCAACGACCCUGACGCUGACAGGCUGGCUGUGGCCGAGUUUGACCGGAGUUUAAAGAAAUGGAAGGUGUUCUCCGGCAACGAAAUGGGUGCUCUGCUCAGCUGGUGGCUGCUCAAGCACGCCACGGGCGACGACGACGACCGCUACGUCAUCACCAGCAUCGUCAGCUCCAAGAUGCUGCGCGCCAUCGUCAAGGGCCGCGGCCACUUCGUCGAGACGCUCACGGGGUUCAAGUGGAUGGGCAACACAGCGUUGCUGUUAAUGCAGCAGGGCAAGAACCCGCUGUUCGCGUUCGAGGAAGCCAUCGGCUACAUGUGCUCUCCGCGCGUGCCAGACAAGGACGGAGUCUCCGCCGCCGUACAUGUGGCUUCCCUCGCAUCGCACCUGUACUCGUCCGGCUCGUCUCUCGGCGACCAGCUGCAGGCGCUGUACCGCGAGUAUGGCUACCACGUGUGCCUCAACGGGUACUACAUCUGCCACGACCAGGCCGCCAUACACGACAUAUUCGCCAGGAUCAGGAACUACCAUGGACCGGCCAAGUACCCGCAAAAAGUGGGAUCGUGUGAGAUCGUCUCAGUCAACGACUUCGCUGCCGGCGUCAAAGUCCCCGAAGAGAGCACAGACAACCGGCAUCUAAACGUGGUAGGCACGGGCCUGGACCAGGACUACACGAGCGGCGAGAUGGUGAUCCUGCAGUGCAGCAACGGGCUCGGGGUCAUCGUGCGCACCAGCGGCACCGAGCCCAAGCUCAAGUACUACACCGAGCUGGUCUGCGAGGCCGACACACUGCAGGAACAAGAACAGAUGAACGCCAAACUGAAAGUGAUGGUGAAGGAGUUCAUGGAAGAGCUGCUGCAGCCACACCAACACGGUUUGAUCGGAGAAAUCGCGUAAAAGUAACCAAACUAACCAAGUAGGGCUUGUAUUAUAUAUCAAUUAUCUUGUGAUACAAUUGAACCAAAAACUACUGGAUCUUGUUAACCUCGAAUAAUCUUAAAUUUUUGUCGAUUUUUAAGCAUUCCAUUAAAAUGUCUCAUCAAAUUCGUAAAGUAGAUCAAUUAUUUUUUGUUUAAUACCCUGUUAGUGUGGAUCCGCCUUGGUUUGAAUCAUGUGUACGAAAUAAAUUAUUGGCAGUCUAUAACCGUCUAUAGAAUCGAUAUACUUAAUAUAACAAAUGUGCACUUGUACUUUACGGUUGCAAUGCAAUCCAUUACUUUUUAUUGUUGUCCUAAUAUUUCUUAGUUGUGAAUUUCCUGGUUCCGCAUUCGCUGCUUUUCAGCAAAUUAAUUGUUAACAGCAUUUAUUGUAUAUUAUGAUAAUUUAUUACAAACUGAACCAAAUAUAAAGGCUGUCUUGAGCGGAUGUAUCGUUUCCAAAACUGGUUGAAAACUAAAAGCCUUCGUUAAGGUGGUUCGCUUUUCAUACAAAAUUCAAUCAAAUCUCAUUAAGUAACUACACAGUAUUAGUACACAAAUAUUUCCGCAUUUAUCUUCUUUCGAAUAUUCGUUUGCGCGAAAUUAACAGGAAAACAAUGUUUCAUACAGAAAUCAUGCAAAAAUCAUAGUUAACUUUUCAUCAAUUUUACGUAUGUGUGUGUCACAAAUUUCGUGU